AAUUUUCUGCCUUUCUCUGAAUCAAUUUGCGACCCAAUGGAGUGCUCAAUGAUCAGUGACACCACGGAGACGGUGGCGGUGAUGAGCCCGUGCGCCGCUUGCAAGAUCUUGCGGCGGAGAUGCGCCACCACCACCGAGAAGUGCGUGCUAGCGCCCUAUUUUCCUCCCGGUGAUCCGGUCAAGUUUCUCGCCGCUCACCGUGUCUUCGGCGCUAGCAACAUCAUCAAAUUCUUGCAGGAACUGGCGGAGCACGAGAGGGAAGACGCGGUGAGCAGCAUGGUGUACGAGGCGAACGCGCGGCUGAGAGAUCCCGUGUACGGCUGCGCCGGAGCGGUUUUCCAGCUCCAAAACCAAGUCGACGCCCUCCAGGAGCAGCUCGCCAGGGCUCAGGCCGAGGCGGUCAACAUCCAACUCCAGUACGAAUCCCUCGUCGCCGCCCACCUCCACAACCGCGACCUGUCGCCGUCGUAUCCGCCUUGCUCUCCCGGUCGGAGCGGCUUCCGAAGCAGCUGUGACUACCAGCUGGUCUACGACGGCGCCGGCGCCGGCGUUAAUUUGGGUUUCUUCUGGGACGAAAAUAUUACCACUCUCGACACGAGUGCGUGUGAUCAAUGAUUUAAAAAAAAUGAGUAAAAAAAGUUUGUACACCAUAAUUUAUGUUUUUGUGUUAUUCAAGUAAAUUUCUCCUCAAAAAUAUUUGUACUAAAUAGCACUAAAACUU